AUGAGCAAUAAAGUUAACCCUGGCGCAAAAGUGCCAACAUUAGAUGAAACUUAUUCUGGAAUCCCCCACAGAAUGGAAGAGUUUGCAUAUGGCUUGAAACAGUUUGUCCUCGGAAACACAAAUAAGGACAACAAGCCUAGAACUGAAGAUCUUCCCGUUCUUCCUCCUGGGAUAAAUCGGUCUGGUUUCAAUAUUGCCAUUGAACAAUUGAAAGGCUUGGUAGGAAAUGAAAAUGUUGAACUUAAUGAUCAGGAAAGAUUAGAAGAUGGGUGGUAUAAUGAACAUCCAAAUACCCAUGAUUCCUUCCACCUAUUGGACGAGAAUGAUCUUGUUUCAUCCGGUGCUGUAUAUCCUGGCUCCACAGAAGAUGUUCAAAGCAUCGUUAAGUGGGCUAACAGAUGGAAAAUCCCACUUUAUUCUAUUUCAAUGGGUAGAAAUUUCGGGUACGGGGGAGCUGCUCCGAGAUUAAGAGGUUCAAUUGUCGUAGAUUUAGGCCGCAGAAUGAAUCGGAUUUUGAAGUUGAAUAACAAGAGUUACACUUGCUUAUUAGAACCUGGAGUUAGUUACUUCAAAUUAUAUGAUGAAAUUAAGAAGAAUGGCUAUGACAUGUGGGUAGAUCCUCCUGAUAUUGGUGGUGGAUCAAUUUUAGGUAAUGCUCUAGAGAGAGGAGUCGGUUACACCCCUUAUGGCGAUCAUUGGGGAACUCAUUGUGGUAUGGAAGUUGUCUUACCAAAUGGGGAGGUAUACCGUUCUGGAAUGGGUGCAAUAGAAAACAGCCAGGCUUGGCAGGCAUCUCCUUAUGGCUUUGGUCCCUACUUGGAUGGCAUAUUUUCCCAGGGCAACUACGGUAUUGUUACAAAAAUGGGUUUCUGGUUGAUGCCAGAUCCAGGUGGAUAUAGCUCUCACGCAAUCACUUUUGAUAGGGAAGAAGAUUUCGGUCAGAUCAUCGAAAUUAUUCGUGAGAUUAGAGUCCGUCAUAUUUCAGGCAAUGUUGCACAGCUAAACAGCGCUAAGGGUGAGCUUACUUUCCGUUACACGAAAAAAGAACUAGGGAUCAAAGGUAAUGUUAUGACCAAAGAAGAUGUAGAAAGAUGUUCUAGAGAAAAACUAAAGCACGGACCUUACAGUUGGAUCUUUUUUGUUUCGUUUUACGGCCCUACAGAAGUUAGAACACUAUCGUGGAAUCUUGUUAAAAAAAUGAUGAGUAAGGUUUCAGAUGUUCACUUUUACGAUGAAAAAGAUUAUGCAGAUGGAGAACCUGACAACUUUCAUAUUCAUCAUGAAUCUUCUAUGGGAAUUCCACAGUUUAUUGGUGCAAGACAGGCAAGUUGGUAUCCAAACGGUUCGCACUCUGACUUUACUCCGGUUUCACCUAUAACUGCCAAGGAUGCUAAGCAAUUACUAGACCUUGUCUACAGAUUGCAAGACAAGUAUCAAUUAGAUUCAUUCCCGAACUUCGUUGUUGGAGUAAGAGAUUUGCAUAUGAUAGACUUCAUCAUGUAUGACAAGAAGGAUCCGGAGAUGAGAAGAAAAGCCCAGUUAAUGCUCAGAGAGUUAAUUUCAGAAGGUGCGAAACUAGGAUAUGGUGAAUAUCGUACUCAUUUGGCUCUACAAGAUCAGGUUAUGAAUACAUAUGGUUUUAACAGUUGUAUUCACCGUAGAUUAUGUGAAGUCAUUAAGGAUGCGGUUGAUCCAAAUGGUAUCCUAUCACCAGGUAAAGCAGGGGUAUGGCCUCAGUGGUUGAGGGGAAAGGGUUGGGAAUGGUUCGGCACUGAAGUUGCCAGAAAAUGGUCGGAUCCUACAAAAGGCAAGCAUAAUCUAUGA